AUGGACCCGGAUCCUUUACAAAACUUUGCUGUGCCAGUUCAGCCCAUUCAGUUCGCCACUUUCGGCAGUCCCAAUGGCUCUUCUUCACAAAAUGCGCCUUCAGCUCCAGUGGUUUCCGCGUAUGCUGACCCAACCGAGUCAAUGAAUCUACAGAAUGGCACAAGCCCUGCACAAAGAAGAAGCCAAAGCGUCGCGACUAAAAAUUCCGAUGGCCAUGCAUCCUCUACGCGCAGCCCGCAGUCGACGCGACAGACGCGCACCUCACUGUCCCAGGGUCAACAGCCCACUGCGACUCCCUCGAGGAACGCAAGCGUUGCAACCGCUGUUUCCAACCCACAGUCAGAUGACUUCUCUAUCGCGCAGCCUUCUCCACACCUCUUGACACAGUCUACUCCCUCACAAUCACUCUACAAUAACCUCAGUUCGACCGGUAGCAGUCUCGUCUGGAAGAACUCUACCUCAACCUUUCCUAAUGGCACACCUCGUCAAGCCGCGAAGCAGGCUCCCGUUUACACAACGCCACAGGGUCUUAUUCAUGCUGAUCCAUGGUCUGCGCGCCACAAUGAACAGAAUACCACUCCUGGAAGUACUGGCCCCAACCUCGGCGAUGAAGAGGGAGUUGUUGCUGCCAACCCUUUCAGCGACACAUUCCCACUCAUGACUCACCCACCAGAUCUCGAAGCGUGGCGGGCUAAACUCUUCAACGUCACUGACACUCUCUUGCUCUCCGAGGAAGAGUACCUGACUUAUUUCCCACAUGUUGACAACGUCUAUUCCCAUCGCUCAACCCAGAAAUACAAGCGCAAGCCAUUUGUCUCACACUAUUGGGACUGCCGACUGAAAGGCCGACCUAGUGGUACACCCAAGAGCGAUGAUCCAAACAAGAAGAAGCGCAAGCGCCAGGCCCGCGAACGUGAUCUUUGUGAUGUCAAAAUCAAGGUCACUGAGUACUACUCACUUGAAGAAGCGCGGAAGCAAGGACUAGUGCAACAAUCCAGCCCUAAUGAACUACCCUCGCUCUACAACGGGAACAUUAAUCCUGAGCUACUGGGUGAGGCGGGUGCUGCACUCUCUUCCCUGCAGAAUAGUGGAAUUGGUGAUGAAAACGAAUUGACUAUUAUCCAGGAGGAUGGCAGCAACAAUCCGACCAAUCCGGUAAGCGAUCAGAGUUAUGGUUUGUUGGAACUACCUCCUCGAUACCCCAAGGGCCAUCCAGGAGCUGACGGUAAGCGCUGGUUCACAAUUCAGCGUGUGCGCGGGAAUCCUGGCGGAGGUGCUGUCAGUGAGUUGAAGCGUGCAGACCGAAACGCAACUGGCGAUUUCAAUGAGUCGGCUUUGGACGAGGAAGGAGACACAAGCAUGUUGGACCCCAGCCUUGCUGGCUUCGACUUAGACCACAAACACAGCUUGGAGGAGAGCGAUCGAAUCAAAAAGAACACCGUCCAGCGAUGGUUACUGAAGGAGGAGAAAGAAAGGAAGCGACUGAGUAAAAUCACUUCGACUGCGGCACCACCCAGUGUGAGCAACACCACCAUAAUUGAAAGUCCCAAUCCUCCAAGAUCUAAUGAAUCACAAUCCCCAACCUUCCGCGCCAGUGGCAUGGCAUUCUUCACAGCUCGUUCACAUGCAAAUCCAGCAACAUCGAAAAUCACACUGUUCGCCAACAGCUUCUGCCCCUUUGCCCAGCGCGUUUGGAUUGCACUCGAGAUCAAGAGCAUACCCUACCAGAUUGUGGAAGUAAUGCCUCCCCAUCUCGGAAGUUACAUUCCUCCAGACUUGCUCGAGAUCAACCCUGAAGUGAACAUUCCUUGCAUUCGUCAUGGGAAUUUUCCUGUCUGGGAGAGUGGUGUGAUAAUGGAGUAUCUUGAGGACCUGGCCAUGGGUCAUAAUUUGCUCCCACUCGGAAACCCGCAACUUCGAGCCCAUUGCAGAUUGUGGGUCGACCACAUCAAUCGCAAAAUUCUACCGAGUUUCUAUUCCUUACUGCUGACUCCACCACCAAGUCCACAGAGUCAAUUGGAGGGCCUUGACGACGAAAUUGAGCCCCAAACCCGCUCCAAUACUGAACAACAUACCAUGUUGGUUUCCACACUGCAAGCAAACAUUACUGCCCUUGUCAACGCCAGCCACGCAACGGGCCCGUACUUCCUAGGUACAGAAAUUGGAUAUGUUGACGUGGCCUUCGCACCGUGGAUCAUCCGGCUAUCUCGAGUGCUCAGCUAUUACCGCAACUUUCCUCGGCCGGAGAUUGGUACCCGCUGGCGACGAUGGGUGGAUGCGAUUGAGAGUGAUGAACGCGUCCGUCGAACAGUCAGUGACGAGCAUUCGUACCACGGUGUCUAUCGCGGCGUUGGGGAGGAUGGAUGGGACAGUCUCCGCGCACGGGAAAUCGAAGGCAACAAUGGAAGAUCAGCAACCGUCAAGAAAGCAAUUGCAGAAAUUGCCUAUGCUAAGCGGAUUGUUGCACAGGAAGGGUUUGGUCUUGGUGGUGACGUCUGGGGUCAGCUUGGUGUCCAGGAGGACGAGGCUGUCGAUGGUAUGACGGGCAAUUGA